CCGUCUGACCCCAAGAAAUAUACCCAAAUAUAUCGGAUCAUUUUAAAAAUGUACCGUAAAUAUACUGACGAAUGUAAUUGUUUAUAUAUUCGGCUGAUUGAUUAUAAACAAUUAAUUCACCAUGCCUAUUAUGUACAAUACGGGCGAGUGGUUCAAGGUGCGGCCAGACUACUACAGAAAAGUGGAGCUGGCGACGCCCGACUGGCCGCUGGAUCUCGACCUGGAGUACAUGCAGGUGGCAGCGGCACCCUAUGGCGGUCCCCUGGCAGCAAUACGAGAUCCAACCAAACUAGUGCCUGUCAAAGGCACCGCCCGACCAAUGGUGCGGAUUUUCGACACCACCGGCCGGGAAACGGGUCACAUAUUGUGGAACCAUGGCAAGCUCAUUGCCAUGGGCUGGUCUGACACGGAGGAGCUGAUUUGCGUGCAGGAGAAUGCCAAAGUCUUUGUCUUCGACAUGUUUGGCAAGGAGAAGGAGCUGUACAGUAUUGGAGACGAGGCGAGCGUCACAAAGAUUGUGGAGGCCAAAGUGUUUCAGUCCUCCGCUGGCACUGGAGUGGCUGUCAUGACAACGUCCGGCCGGAUAUUUCUCAAGCAAAACAGUAGCAAGACAGAGCGAAAGCUACCAGAUAUUCCCAACUCCAGCAUCAAUUGCUCCUGCUGGGAGAUCGUAACCGAAGGACGUAAUAGCUACUGCCUGUUGGGACGGGAGCGUGAGGUGAUCAAGCUAUUUCCUGGUGAAACCGUAGGCACCAUCACCGCCAAUCUGUUCGAGAAGCCGCACGAUCGGAUUAUCAAAAUCUCCGUUUCAUACAAUCAUCAGCAUCUGGCGCUCUACACGAAUACGGGCCUCCUCUGGCUUGGCAGUGUCGACAUGCGCCAGAAGUACUCCGAGUUCGACACGGGCCGCAAGGACAUGCCCCUGCAGAUGGAGUGGAUCAUGAACAGCGACAACAGUGAGGCGGACGCCGUGGUCAUCUCCUACCCCUCCUAUCUGCUGAUCGUGAAUCGCAACGCCGAUCGUAGCGAUUUCCCCUACGAUCCGAUCAUGUUUCUGGUGGCCGAAAUGGACGGCGUCCGCAUCAUUACCCAGAGCUCGCACGAGAUGAUCCAGCGGCUGCCGAAAUGCGUGGAGAACAUCUUUGCGGUGAACAGCCAGGAACCGGCCAGCUAUCUGUUCGAGGCGCAGAAGAAGUUCGAGGAGAAGUCCUACAAGUCGGAUGAAUAUCUGAGCAUGUGUCGCGACAGGAUCGACCUGGCCGUCACCGAGUGCAUUGAAGCGGCCUCGUUUGAGUUCUGUACCGAAACGCAGAAGAGUCUCUUGAGGACUGCAAACUUCGGCAAGGCCUUCAUAUUCGGCCACAAUCCCGACGAGUAUAUGCGCAUCAUGCGGAUACUGCGAGUCCUAAACACGCUGCGACACGAGAGGAUUGCCAUGCCGCUUACAUUCAAACAGUUCUCGCAUCUCAAUCCGGAGGUCAUCCUGAGUCGCCUGGUAUUCCGCAAACACUAUGCCGUCGCCAUACAAGUGGCCAAGCAUCUGAAUCUGCCCGAAUCCUGGAUCCUCGAGCACUGGGCCUACCACAAAGUGAUGAAUGAUCCCAAUGACGGCGAGGUGGCCCGCAAGAUUACGGAAAAGUUCAAGAAUCCCACCGUCGAAGGAAUUUCGUUCUGCAACAUUGCCGAGAAGGCGCAUCAAGCAGGACGCGAUGAUCUGGCCAUCAAGCUCUUGGAGCUGGAGCCACGUGCCUCGUUGCAUGUGCCGCUGCUGCUGAAGAUGCGCAAGUUCGAUAGAGCAGUGGCCAGUGCCACACAAUCGGGCGACACGGAACUAGUCACCAAAGUUCUUCUGGAAAUGAAGAUGCACAUGAUGCUGUCCAAUUUACAUAUGACAAUCCGCGAUCAUCCGCUGGCGUUGAACAUGUACAAGAAAAUCAUGCGGGAGUCGAACCGUGCGGGUCUCUAUGGCAUAUACAACACAGAGGACGACCAGAAGGCCAUCGCAGAGUAUCACUUUAAUAAUGCCAUCGAGAACAAGGACCUGGAGUCGAAUCUGUCGGUGAUUGGAAACGCCUACACUCAGGCGCGAUGCACUGUCGAGGCGGAGCUCUGUGCCGACACGAGCCGGCUUUUCAAGCUGCAGAAGACGCUGAGCGCCAAAUACAAUGCCAGCCUUAACGGCCUGUCCGUGCACGACACCAUCGAGCAACUGCUGCUGAUGGGUGAGCUGAAGGAGGCGGAGAAGAUACGGAACGAUUACAAGGUGCCCGAUCGUCGCUUCUGGUGGCUGCGCAUACUCACCCUCGCCGAGCAGCAGAAGUGGGACGAACUGGAGAAGUUCUCCAAGAGCAAAAAGAGCCCCAUUGGCUAUGAGCCCUUCGUUGAGGUCUGUUUGAAGCCCGGCAAUGCCAGGGAAGCGCGCAAAUACAUCCCACGAUGUCGCGAGAACCGCAAGGUUCUUUGGUUUACUCGAGCAAACUAUUUCGAGGAGGCCAUCGACUGCGCCUUCGAGCAGCGGGAUCUGCACAGCCUCUACGAACUGCAGAAGAAAGAGAACAUUGUCAAUGAUGGCAACUUGCUAGCCAAGACCUGCAGCUGCAUUUCACUGCUGGAGACACGAAAGUAGCAGCAACAUUCCUAGUUAUAAAAUGAAUACAGCUUGCUUUUAAUAAACAAUUACCAUUUUAUGUGUACGCAUGCCAAGA